AUUAUGUACAGAACAGAUCAAAUCUUCUUGAUACACCGACUGCAAACUUCUUCCACCAAGGUGUCGACGAGUGGUGGAUUGCGUUCAUAUUCACUCACAUAUUCACUCACCAUAGAACCAUCACAGGCAGCAUGUCUACGACAGUGACAAUAUUAAUAACCUAUUACUCUGUAUUGAAACCCCCACGUCCCACUCUUCACCUCGUCGUCAAAGAUGUCCUCUGCUGAACCCGAUUUCUCUGCUAUCCACCCAUCUACCUCUGCUCGGACCGAUGGAGAUAACAUUGGUCUCGACAACCGAGGAUCGACUGGGAUCGACUUGGGUGACAACAGUCGAAACUUUGUGACUUCUCAGCGCGGGGUAGGACCUUGGGGUCCUGACCAAUGGAUGCAACAGAACGAUCUUCAACCGGAUCAAUGCAUGAAUAUGUACCUUUUGCACAAUGAUCUCGCUACCUGCAGUGUUCAACCAGCGCCAAGAUAUGGCAGCCUCCAUAGCUAUUCAGAGAGACCUCACGCACCAGCCCAAAGUGCUUAUGGUGCACCAGUCUCCAGCCACGUUCAUACUUUUGAUGCCAGAAUUGCAAACCAUGGCGAUAUGCAUCUUUCUCCUGUCAGUCUCGGUAAACCUCAGUACGGAAUAAAUGCAUCCACACCAGCAACCUUCCAAAGCAGUCAGGGCCAGUCCCAAGGUUAUUCUCCAAUGGCACAGGUGCCUUUAGGAAUGGACAUGUUGACCUCUCCGUGCGUUGUCCCUGGCUACCUUCUUGCGAUUCUGUUGACUGAGGGACAGAGCCCAUGGUGCUCCAGACCCAGGUCCGAGCGAUGCCGGCACAACCUUAUAUUCGGUCUCCGUUAAGUCCUGUCGUCCGGGGUACAUAAGGAUACUGUUUGAUGUCAAAGACAAGGAAAAGUUCAACCCCAAAACAAUCCAGAAAAUCGGUCAGAAAUACGGCAUCACUUAUGAAAAACUCUUUUAUUACUUUCGUGUCGUGGAUGAUGUCGACUGUGUCUGUCCUAUUGCUGACUGCACAUUGGAGCAGACUACGUUUAGAGGACAUGCCAUCCAAGACCACCUUGA